CUGUAACAUUGAUGUGUUGCAUGUAUUUGGAGUACGUAAAAAGAUACUGGAAUGGAAACAUUACGGGGCCAUUGUUUGACUUGCAUGAUCGAACAGGGUAUUUAAAACAGAAAAUAUCCAAAUGGAUGGUUAACAACAUAAGAACAUUCUAUGAGUCAGAUGAGAAAUAUCUGCUCACAAUAACAUCACACGGCAAUUUUUACAGUGCACUCGGAAUCGUUUCUGAUGAACAAGUUAUUCAAAGAUUGAAUCCAUGGCAAAAGGGUUUAAAUAUCAAUGCAUUCCGAGAACAGGGAACAUCAUCAUCGAUUGGAAAUGUUUGGUGUUCACUUAAAAACACAGAAUUAAACCACUUGUGCAGUAAACCUUUGUUUUAUUAUAUGUGCACAAAAGAUGACGAUCUCUCCAGAAAUCCUCACGUAUUUAUAAAACAAUUUGCAAUUGAAAUUAUGAAAUAUUUUCCAAAAGUUGGACAAGGCAUGUAUUUUAAUACAAAAGUCAGCGGUUAUUUAUACAACAAUGUGUGUCUGAUGAAUCCAGAUGAUUGCUUAAAUGAUAUGGUGGUUGAGCCACUAAAAAUAUACAAAAGCAUUGCAAGUCAAAUAAAUCAUCUAUUAGUUGUUGAUUAUGUUAACGACUGUUACCAAAAAGGCGACAAUUCUAAAUGGAAUAUACUGCACAUUAUAGACACAAUGGUUAAACAUCUACCUGAUCAAUUUAAAAUAAUAUUGAUAUCAAGACAUAGAAGAGACAUGUUUGAUAUUUUUGGCAUCCGAAAUGUGUAUGUCAAAGGCAUAGCACUUUUCGCAGAAGGGAACUAUUUUAGGAUUUCAGAAUUAGAAUUGUCAUAUGGGGAGCACCAUGAUGUAAUCGGUUUUUGUAAAGACGAAACUGAAAUAAUCAUGUUAGCUGUAUUCUUAUACUUUGUCAGAUCGAUCAGAUUUGAAUUGCGAACUGACCAAUGUUUGUUCUUUAUCCUGUUAUGUUGCUGUUUUAUAAAAGUAGUGACUUUAUGUAGCGUAAUACUAUUUGCUCCAACACUGUUAGUUAUCUCAUUUUUUAGAAUGCUUCCAUCAUCAGGAAAAGUAAAGCUUGUACAUAAAAAUGUGGUGGCUGCAUCGGAAAAAGAAGAGUAUAACUAUAAAUAUUGGUUUUACCAGCUGAAUAUGACUUGUGACAAUAUUGAUAUUCAUUGUAUAAUAGAUGAAAGACUGGAACAAACAUACAAAUAUCUACAGGCCUUUUACAUAAAGAAUGAACGAUUAGAGCAUAUUUUGGAUUCCUAUAUCACUAGAUCCCAGAGUAAAGAGAACAUAUUGUCUGAAUUCGAAAAAAUUUAUUCUAACAAGUCAAAAAAACAUCGUGGGGACAGGCUACUAAUGAAACACGAACUGAUGGAGGCAUCGACAAAUAGAUAUCCCAUUUUGAUUAGAUGGGUAAUUGCACAUAUGCAAGAAAAUGGCAUGACUGUUGAUGAUAUGAAAGUGAUGCUCGAUAUUGCAAUUGAAAAACAUGAUAAAAAUAUAGCAAAGGCUUUAUCAUGGUGUUUAACAAGGGAAUUCUAUGUAAAAUUUGCGAAUAUCCUAAUAAAUGCAAUAGAUAUUUACCCAGGUAUACGUUGCUUGUGUCGAGGACCUAAUGUUUUAGACAGUUCAUUCUGCACGCAUAAAAGAGUUAUCAUUAUUUUGACCCGUGUGGCUAUUAUUGAAAAACUCGAAACAUAUCAUGGAUUUGACAUUGAAGAAGUUAAUCCUGACUUGGCAAAUUCAGACGAUUCAGAAGCUAUAACAAUCUCUAACCUACUUUCAUCCAAAUACACAAACUCGUACUACUUAAAUGUGAAUUUGUCGCAAAAUACAGUAGAAAACAUUUUCAAUCGCCAUUCAAACGUUACUUUAAUAUGUCCAUCAGUCUUAAAGUCAAUAUCGUUUAAUAAAGUUCAUGCCGUACAGGAGCGAAUAUGCAUUCAUCUUUAUUGUAAAAAGAAGGGAAUCAUUCCGUUAGGAGAAGAUCAUUUUCCAACUUUGAUUAAUGGUAUACCCACAGACAUAAUUGAAGGUAACAUUUGUAUGAUUACAAAACUACGCAUUGGAGACAAGAUAGGACCACAAACAAGUAUCGGAACUUUAGGAGGAUUUGUGCAGUAUUUGGAUUUUGAUUGCUUUUUAACAUGUGCUCACGUAAUGUACGAUUUACAGACCCUUUUGUCGUCGUCUCACGAUUUUUCUCGACUUCCUGGGGCCAAAGCCUUUUGCCAUUCGGCACAAGGACUUGUUGACUGUGGCAAAGUCAUUUGGAGAACAUUUGAUCAUGAUGACAAACUUAAAACAAGUAUUGAUGCGGCCCUUGUGCUGAUGCAAAACAAUGCAACGUUUGACCCGAAUGAUUUUAUUUUGGAUGACUUUGGUAAUGCCUGCACAUAUGUAAAAUUAGGUUUAUCCAAUCCGUUUCUAAAUAAUAAUUGUUUGGAUCACGAAGAAUUUUGUAUCCCACAACAAACAGCUAAGGUUGUAGGAGCUGGAUCCAUGACCAAAUUAGAAGCAAAUGUAACAUUCCCUAAACAAACUGAGGUAGACAUCUUAUUUUCUAACGCAGGUCAAGCUGCAUCUUUUUAUAAUGGAAAUGUUUUUCAGCCACUUUGGAUAAAUUCUCCAGCUCAUUUGCAACUAGGAACAGGAUUCUUGACUGACAGAAGAAUAUUUCGUAUGUACAAUCAAAUAACUAUCAAUUUAGGAUUACAGCCUGGUGAUUCAGGAACAUGCAUUUAUGUAGUGCAACAUCCAUAUAAUAAAAAUGGAUGUAUUGGAAUGGCCAUAGCAUUUUGUGGAGGUAUGACGGUAGUGACUCCGUUGAAAGAUAUUCUUAAGAGAAUUAGUUCCUCAUAAAAGUGUAUUACGAUCGAGAAAUUCAGUACGAUCGGUAAUAAAAUAUUCACAAACCAAUAACUUCUGUUUUUUAAGAAAUGGCUAUAACAUGAAUAAAUUUUGUACACGAAUGCAUGGUAUUUUUUUUUGUAGCAGUUUUGUUUAAAUGAUGACAUGUAUAUAUGAAUACAAGUGUUAACCUGUACGUAUGGCAAUCUUAUUUUUUCUUAUUGCAGCUCUUUUUGUAUAUAAAUGAUAUUAGGGGCUGCUAAAUAGUUAGAGUUCCAGAUCAAAUUCAAGUUAGAGUUUAUGCUUGUUUGAAUUAGAAUGCAAGGUGCAGUUCGAGUUGAAACUUCGAGUUAAGACCGUUAAUUUUAGUAAGUGUUUGAUCUAUAUAGUUUGAGUUGUAGUUUUUACAAAGUUUAAAAUCGACUUACAAUUAGAGUUCAAUGAACACCAAUUAAGGAAAACGUGAAAAUAUUCAUUUCAGCUUCAGUUGAAUUAUAUAGCACAUGAAGCAGAUGUCAAUGACAAUGCUGUGAAUGUAUAUUGAGCAAUCCUUCUUAUAGUUUCAGCAGGUCUUGUAAAUUGUAACCCUUUUGAAACUUAUAACAAAGCGCAAACCGGAAUAUACUGAAUUGAAUUAACUCAUUUGCGUACACCAAAGUGUAUAGAUUUUGUAAAAUAAUUUAUAGAAAAUAACUAUUUCUGCAUACAAAAAUAGGCUUUAAAAUCAAGUCGGCUUGUGGAGCCAAUGGACAGAGUUUAAAGCUCCAUCUUACUAGUUUUUGUUCCGUUGUGAAGAAAAAUCCAGAGUGAAAUAUCACAUACCUAUGGUAAACGUUGAUAUCGCAAAUUUUGUUACCUCGAGGUAUAAAAUAUCUUCUCUUUGAUAUACGCAUUUUAUUUUUUGUUUCAUUCUUUACAUAAAACUAAAAUAGUCAAAUACACAGUAUGUAUUCUGACUCACCGGUUCUAAAAGAACCACAUUCACUGCAAAAGAACCACAUUCAUUGCAGAUAUUCAUUAGUAUUUUUUUCAAUAACUGAUUUUUAAUAACAAAUUAUGUUUGCUUAACCUUUUUUUUUAAAUCAAUCAAAGCUGCUUUGGUUGUUUCAAACCAGGAAGGUUUUUUAUACAAAAAAAAUAAUGAUACAAAUAUUUUUCCGGAAUCAGAACUAAAAAUACAUGUCAAAUAAUGUAUAAUAUUGCUGCAUAAAUAAGUCUUUAUAAAUACAGAUUGUUAAUAAUGAUGUAAAUUAGCUGUGAUAACUAUUGCAUUAUAUAAUGAUGAUUACCAGAAGUUGUUUCAAUACAUAUGUGAUUUUUUUAAUGAAAGUUAUUAAAAAGUACCGUGACCCUUA